AUGGCCCUGCCUAUGGCGUUCAAGAACUCGGCGUUCCCUUAUCGUCGAGGAUCAAAUUCAUCCGAGCGCGAUUUCUUUGACAUACCCGAUGAGCCAAUCUGGGCAAUUUUGAAGCGCCAGCUCCGACGACCGCGGGCGUGGGUGGCUCUACUGGGACUCUUGGCGCUGGUGCAGUGGAUGCGACGAGCUCAGCCGAGUCCCGUACCGCUGGCACAUAUCCACUACGAUGAGGUAGACUGGUCGCGAUAUGCAUAUACGCAAUAUGCCACGAGCGAGACAUACCUGUGCAAUUGUGUGAUGGUGUUUGAGGCUCUGCACCGGCUAGGCUCGCGCGCGGAUCGUCUUCUCUUCUACCCGAAGGAGUGGGACCUGGUGGUCGAUGGAGGCACAGAUCGUAUCAGUCAGUUGCUUUUACUGGCCAAAGAUGAAUACAACGUUCAGUUAGUCCCGGUUGUCAUUGAAGGCAUCAAAGCCGAGACUGGGGGCGGCGGAGAGGUGUCGGAAUCUUCCUGGGAUACGAGUACCGCCAAAUUGUACGCCUUUGGCGUCCUCCAGUAUGAUCGAGUCAUUCACCUCGACUCCGACAUGAUGCUGCUUCAGCCGAUGGAUGAGCUCUUCUUCCUGCCAUCAACCACCAUUGCCAUGCCUCGAGCAUACUGGCUCUUGCCCGAAACUCGGACGCUCUCGUCUCUUCUCGCCGUCAUUGAACCAUCCUAUCAGGAGUUCACCCUGCUAAAGGACACUAUCCAGCCCGCCAUCUUCGGCCAGAUCGACUUGAAUCUGACCAACCGUCGCUACGACAUGGAGAUUCUCAAUAAUCGCUACGGAGAUAGCGCUCUCGUACUUCCUCAUCGACAAUACGGCCUGAUUUCGGGCGAGUUUCGUACCAAGGAUCACCGCGCGUUCCUUGGAAAUGACCACGAGCAGUGGGAUCCUGACCAUGCGAUCGCACAAGCCAAAUUUGUGCACUUUUCAGAUUGGCCGCUGCCCAAGCCUUGGGUCAUGUGGACGCGUGAACAACUCAUCACCCACCAGCCCGCUUGCGACAAUGGUGCGGGAACGUCGCGAGAGAGUGGAUGCCGGAAUCGGGAAAUUUGGAAGCAGCUAUAUGAGCAAUUCCGGCGCAGGCGCAGGGAUGUGUGCAGACUGUUGAGUUUCCCAGCCCCUGUAUGA